GGCUCUGUGAUCAUGGAGAUCAUUUCUGCGAUGCGUCUGGAGAUUGUUAGCGGGGCAAUUUUUCAAGAAGAUUAGGAUUUUUGGGGCGAUUUUUAGCCAGAGAACUGUCCGACAGCCGUAAACCUAAUAGAAAACUGACCUUAAACACUGCCAAGGAUCUUUGUUGGUUAAUGUUCAACCCUGGAUGCUCUUAGUGUGCCUGCAGAGGAAUUUGGAAAUGGGACUUUGCGUUUAGAUUUUAAAAGGAGCCAGACAUGGGCAGUGGUACAAGCCGAGGUAAGAAAGUUGCACCUGCAUGUGUCAGCGACGUGAACGCGACCAAAACAGCUGCCGGUGUCACUUCACCCAAACAAGACAGUCGUCCAUUCAAGCCUCUUAAAAGUCAUGCAAUUUUGCGCAACGCGCGCAACCGUGCGCAACCGGAGUGCCACAGCGAGGGGCACGACUCUGACUUUUCUCGGGAAGACGAUGACAUUGACGGAGAGAUGGACACAGUUCUGGCGGAUUACGAGGAGCGAGGGAGAUCUUCCGUGAAGACAAAUCCUCCAAAGAAGACGGCCAUCAGAUCCAAAACAUACGGACUGUGUCACUUUAGUCAAGAGGAUGACAAGGACUUCAGCUCCGAGGAGCCACGUGGCUCACAGUGUGGAUCAGGAGACGUAAACAAGAGGAGCAGUGAUGCUUUCACACACUUUAAAAAACAGACACCUGCGUACCCCAGUCAGCAAAGUUCUUCCUCUCAGGGCUUUUUGACAAGAGGGGCUUUGUUGGAAGCUGUUCCCACAUCAGACAAACAAUCGACUAUUGGCAGCUGCCAUAGCUCCUCCCUCACCGUGCCAGUCAACUUGUACGAUGGAUCAGAAGAGGAUCUGAUGAACACUAUUGAGAAAGAGUUUAGUUGACCCCCAGCUGAGAGCGCUACUGCAAAGCUGUUGUCCUUUCCAGCUGUCCUCGUGGCAUACAGCAGUUUGCAGAGCACAUUUUUUUUAAAGAGAAAGGGAAGCAGGGUUUCUUUUGACAAUUUCCUGUUACCAAGGAAGGCUGCAUUCACUCUAUUUAAGCAGGAUUCCCCUAAUAAAUUUAACAUUGUUUGUGUUGAACUUAAACUACUGCACUCAAGGCCUUUGCAUUUACCCAAGUCUUAUUUAACAACGUGAGGCAGUGUAAUUGCAGAGUUAUAACACCAACUUGAACAGGUGCCAGGAGGUUCUCCUCGCAAGCCUGUUAACUGAGAGAAGCCUUCCUGGCUUGUUAUCUGCAGUGGUGUCACUGUCACCCCCUCAACGCUGCCGACCUCCCACAGAGCGCACACCUACUUGUUAUCUAUUACUUACUUUACUCCAACUUGUCUGUUAAUAGGUAAAGGAGAGCUCCCAUAUUUCUCUGGUUGAUGAAACUGAAGUAGCAGCAGUAAAGGCACAUUCUUGUGGCCAUGCAAAAAUAACGUUUUCCACCAGCAGUUUUGUGAGUGCAGCGCAGUAUAUAGGGUAUAGUUUUCCAUAAGUGGCGACCCUGCAAAGGUAUGAGCUGGGAUUGUUUACUUAAGGUUUCCUUUCCUGACCACAGUUCCUGCACUUUUCCACCCUUGUGAAGAAGGAAUGUGUGGCAACAGAGACUUUCAGUCAGGCUCAGUUUGACCCAGCUGCGUUUCAGCCACAUUCAAACAUAAAUGGCUGCUGCCACUUAGUGGUGGAACGAAGUAGUUGUGCGCAUGUGAACUCAUACUUGAACAUUGAUGCAAAUACUGUGUCAACAAACUGCAUUUGUUACUGUUUAACAAAAGGGCAAUUUCAACCAGAAAUAUAGAGGAAGAGUUUUGUAAUUUUGUUUUAUAAUGCAAAUAAAAAUUGAUUUCUUCUGUAUUAUUUAUUGUGUGUGCAGUUUCUGGGAGUGUGUGUGUGUGU